CCAAUUAUGAGAAAACUAAAAUUUAAAACCAAUACCACAGAACCAAUAUCUCUUUUGGUUUCUCUUUCCCAGUAUCCAAACUAACCCGCCAUGGCGACCAUGAUGAUGAGCAGAAUGAUGAACAUAACCCCAUCAUCAUCAUCACCACCAUCGUUGGCAACUGACUCUCUAUCAGCACCACUACCAUUAUCAUCAUCAAAGCUCCCACGCCGUACAAUCCCAGGAUCACACGGCUGGCCUUUGAUAGGACAACUAUCCGACCGUCUAGACUACUUCUGGUUCCAAGGACCAGACGCGUUCUUCAGGUCGAGAAUGGAGAAGCACAAUUGCACCGUUUUCCGUACCAACGUUCCACCGAGUUUCCCUUUCUUUUCGAGAUCGGUGAACCCCAACGUCAUCGCCAUCGUCGACUGCAAAUCUUUCUCCCAUCUUUUCGACAUGGAAAUUGUCGAGAAAAAAGAUGUUUUAGUCGGCGACUUCAUGCCUAGCACCGAGUUCACUGGUGGCUCCAGGGUUUGCGCUUAUAUUGAUACCUCUGAACCCAAACACGCCCAGAUCAAGAACUUUGCCAUAGACAUACUGAAGCGGGGUUCCAAUGUGUGGGUGAAUGAGCUCCAUGACAACCUCCACAAAUUCUUGGACGCCAUCGAAUCCGACAUUGCCAAAGGAGGCAGCGCAUCCUAUUCCCCACAUCUCCAGGAUUUCAUCUUCAAUUUCCUCACCAAGUCCCUCGUCGGCGCCGACCCCGCCAUCGACCCCGAACUCGCCAAGUCCGCUCCCUCCACCCUCAACACCUGGAUCGCUUUCCAAGUCCUCCCCGUCAUGCCCCUCCGCGUCUUUCAGCCCCUCGAAGAGAUAUUCCUCCACUCUUACACUUACCCUUUCGCCUUCAUAAGAAGAGACUACCAAAAACUCUACAACUUCAUCGAAGAGCACGGCGGAGAAGUUGUGCGGCGCGGCGCCGAAGAGUUCGGCCUUCCUCUGUCUGAAGCAAUCCAUAACUUGAUCUUCGUUCGGUUCAAUGCCUUUGGUGGUUUCUGUUUCUUACCGUCAUUGCUUAACACUGUAGCUAGUGAUAAAACCGGGUUACAAGCCAGGCUAAGAGAAGAAGUUAGAAAACUAUCCGACCCAUCAACGAGCUUGAGUUUUGACUCGGUGAAAGAUAUGGAGCUGGUGAACUCAGUUGUUUACGAGACGUUGCGGUUCAACCCGCCUGUCACGCUUCAAUAUGCACGAGCGAGGAAGGAUUUCGAACUCACUUCUCAUGACUCGGUUUUCGACAUCAAAAAGGGUGAGUUGUUGUGUGGGUAUCAGCCUUUGGCUAUGAGAGACGGUAAAGUCUUCGAUGAGCCGGAGAGUUUCAAGCCGGACCGGUUCGUUGGGAAAGGGAAGGAAUUGCUGAAUUACUUAUUCUGGUCGAACGGGCCUCAGACCGGAUCCCCUAGUGAAUCAAAUAAGCAAUGUGCAGGAAAGGAUUACGUGACACAGUCGGCUUCGUUAAUUCUAGCCAACGUCUUUGAAAGGUAUGAUUCAAUCAGUGGAGGAGCUGGUAAAAUCACAGCCGUUGAAAAGGCUAAGUAAUUGGCACUUCAAACCCUUAUGUGUCAAAUUCAUAAACAUUAAACAAUUAAAUUUGUAAAAUCAAUGUCUAAUCAAACUGUGAAAUAAGUUAUGUUUUUAGUCUA